AUGCCACACAACCUAUCCAUCCUCGUCUACCAAGGCGUCCCAGUAGACUUCUCCAAAUACCGACACACAGCCCUCUACGCAGACUGGGGCGACGAGCACGAGUGGCUACACGUGGUAGGCGGACACCCAUUCUUCGCAUUCCAAAAGAACGACCAGAAUCCCAUUUCCGAGGAACCCAUUGCGCGCAUCCCUGUAUGCUCGAUACCGGAAUCUAUUUCGAGAUCGAGGAUCCACGUAGCGUGUGUCUCGACGCCUGUGCGGAACGGGGAUGAGUUUCGGGAUUGGAAUUGUCAGAAUUGGGUUGGGGAGGCUUUGGCGGAGUUGGUGGGGAUUGGGUGUGUUACGGGGGUAGAGAGGGAGGUUGCUAUUGGGAAGAUGGUGGAGGUUAUUUUGGAGGCGGAGCUGGAGGAUGAUGGGAUGUACUAA